CCGUCAUCCCGUUCAAUAAAUAAUGCUUUGUUAGCCGGAAUCGGCCUUCUCAACGAGUCAUAAUUGUUGCUUGGAAGUAGAAGACCUAUUUUCUAUUCAUUUUCUGCAGCUGUCGGUGUUGACUUUGUCAUAUUUUUAAGAUGACAACCCAGUUCCCAUCCCUCUCUCCGGUGCAGAAGAAGGAACUCUCUGACAUAGCCCAGAGGAUCGUGGCUCCAGGGAAGGGCAUUCUGGCAGCAGAUGAGUCCACAGGCACCAUGAGUAACCGCCUGCAGAAGAUUAACGUAGAGAACACUGAGGAGAACCGUCGGACUUUCCGCGACCUCCUGUUCUCUGCAGUUGACCCCAACUGCAUUGGUGGAAUCAUCUUUUUUCACGAGACACUGUAUCAGAAGUCUGACAAGGGUGUCCUCUUCCCCCAGGUCAUCAAGGACAAGGGCAUUGUGGUCGGCAUCAAGGUGGACAAUGGCACAGCUGGUCUGAAUGGAACAGAUGGAGAGAUGACCACACAGGGUCUUGAUGGACUCUCGGGGCGUUGUGCUCAGUACAAGAAGGACGGUUGUGACUUCGCCAAGUGGAGGUGUGUGCUCAAGAUUUCAGACGCCUGCCCCUCAGCCCUCGCUAUCGCAGAGAAUGCUAACGUACUUGCCAGAUACGCCAGUAUCUGCCAACAGAAUGGCCUGGUGCCCAUUGUGGAGCCAGAGAUUCUGCCUGAUGGAGACCAUGACCUGCUGUGCACUCAGUACGUCACAGAGAAGGUUCUGGCUGCCACGUACAAGGCCCUGAACGAUCAUCAUGUCUACUUGGAGGGCACCCUGCUGAAGCCUAACAUGGUCACCGCCGGACACUCCUGCCCCAAGAAGUUCACCCCCCAGGAGGUCGGCAUGGCCACCGUCACUGCCCUGAGGCGCACUGUCCCUGCCGCCGUGCCUGGCAUCACCUUCCUGUCUGGAGGCCAGAGCGAGGAAGAGGCCACUCAGAACCUGAACGCCAUGAACCAGACGGCCCUGCACCGGCCCUGGAAACUCUCCUUCUCCUACGGCCGUGCACUCCAGGCCUCCGCCCUCGCCGCCUGGAAAGGCAAGGCCGCCAACAAGAAAGCGGCACAGGAUGCCUUCACCUCCAGAGCCAAGAGCAAUGGCCUUGCCUCCAAGGGAGAGUACACAGUGGUGAGCAGCGCUGACCAGGCCUCCAUGCAGUCCCUGCACACAGCUAACUACGUCUACUAACUAGACCACAUGUCAGACAAGGACCAAAGAAUGCAGAAAAUGUCACCUGUACACGUCCCGUCCCUUCUCAUUCCUGCAAUGACAACAUUCCCCUAUGACCAAUCCAGUUGUACGAGUUGUUAUUUUACUACUAAUAAACAGAUUGAGUAAAUUAAAUAAAUGUGAAAUGUUUAAACUUGGGCCUCCAGAGUGGCGAUGCUAGAGGCGUCACUACAGACCCUGGUUUGAGUCCAGGCUGUAUCACAAUCGGCUGUGAUUGGGAGUCUCAUAGUGCGACGCACAAUUGGUCCAGCG